CAACAAAAUCACUAUCCUUCCACCGGACAAUGAUUACCCAUCUGAACCUCGUUUGUUCCUCCUGCUGCUGUAUUAUUAUUAAGGUUUUAUGAAGUGAAACAUUUAGCCGUUUGGGUGUGUGGAUUAAUAUGUGAUAUACAAAAUCCAAUCUAAUCCGGAGGCAUGCAUGCAUGCGAAAGAAAGGGCGAGAGAUUAGAAAAAUUGCAGUCAUUAAAUCCAACUGGAGUUCGGAGCAUAAACCAAAUGAGACUAAAACCCGACUCAGAAUGAAAAGUCCUGAUGCGGGGCAAUCAAAUAAUCAGUUUGUAAACACGUCGAGUCGAGACACGUUAUUAAAUUCUGUCAGUCAAUCGAUUUGGACAGGUCCAAACUUGUCGUUGACUGCGUGCAGCAAAGAUGCGUAGCACACCCCAUUCGCACUCCCACUCGUCAGCUGCUCGAACGCGAACAUUUCCUCCUCCGUAAUUUCCAAAAAAAAACAUUUAUACAAAAAAACAACGGCCUUUGUCAAGGCCAUUUCUUCGAAAAUGCCCCCCAAAGGACUCCCUUCAGUGAAAAAUAGUCCGAAAGUAACUUCAGGACCAUUUGAAGCGUUUGCUCGUAGGAUUUCAGAAAAGAAAGCAGCUGCAGCGAAACGCAAGAAGAAGCCAGCCGAAUCUGCGACGAAUGAUUCGACCCCUCCAAAGGACGAGAUUCCUGAAGUUUACGACGUUUCUGACGAUGAGUCUGAAGUUGAGGUUUUCGAGUAUCCGCCAGCUCCGAAAUUUCUCAAAAAGAAUGAUGAUGGUCGGGGAAACGGUCCAUUUCCUGCCCCAACACCCACAAGUGACGUAUGGUUGACGACCAGGACACCUCUUUCGACUCGGACAAACACUCCGACUUCUAAACCAGUUGCGCUUGGAAAGCGGACAUCACUUCCGGUCUCCCGAUCCGACGCAUCUCCACUCCCAACAGUGGCAAAACCCCCAAUAUUUAAGGAAGAAAACAAUGAUGGUCCCAGUCCACGUGGAAUCGGUUCCAACGAAGUUGAGCCGCAUCCAAAGUGGGGCAAGCUGUCCAACAACAACAAAGAUCAAGCAAAUCGUGUAAAUUUGCUGGACUGGAUCGAGUCUGUGUUAAAAGAUGUAACACGAAGGGACGACGUGGAGUUGGAACGUUUGAAAAAGGUGGCAAGAUGGGGCCAAAAUGAUAAGGAGCAUGUGGAGAUCAACUUUACCCCCAUUGGACUUUCACAAAGAUGGAAUGGGAUCAGAGGUUAUUACGUCAACACAGGAAAUCAACAACAGAAGUUGGCAGCAUAUUAUGCCAAAAGCAUGAGAUCCUCUUCAAAUGCGAAUUUAAGAAAAAUAAAAGCUGGGUAUAACGAACCAGACAACCCACAAUUCGAGAAACGAAGACAACGAGACGCUGAAAACAGGCCAAAUGCUCCGGAAGUGGAGAUAAUAUACUUGGCCGGCGUUUGCCGCCCUGAAGUAAAGGAACCUACCCCCUGGGAAACUAUCCAGAAAUUGGAACCGGUUCCACAGGAGGAUUCGGCAAAUGGAUAUGGCCUUUAUCCCGGGAUUUCUGGAGGACAGAAAAGAGGGAUCACUUCAAGUAGAGAUCAUUUGUCCGAUCCAAGUUCGGAACUGUAUCCAAGGAUAUUUGACCCAACAGACCCAAAGUGCCUGUACGAGAUUUUUACCAGGAUGUGCGAUUCUCCUGCUACAAGAUCAACUGCAGAAUCAUUCUACAUGGAAUAUGGAGAUCUCUUCAACAAGGAACAUCAUGUUGAAAGAUACAUUUACACGAAAGCCGCCGAUCUUCCAUGGCACCUGUACCAAAAGGUUCAAACCUAUGUCACCAAAAAAGUACCCCUGUUCGUCAUCGUCCCCACGGGUGACCGGUCACAACUCCCCAAAAACAAAUAUUGCACUUUGGAAGACUUGACCACCCUCCCAAUUCGGAUUGGAGAAGAAGAGAUCGUAUUGCAAUAUGACCCAAGCGACCCUGACUUAAAACCAGCGUGGAGACGUGUGAAAGAUGCUGCUGCUCUUCUACGGGAGUUCCCAAACCCACCGGACAGCUUUUUCUAUAAGAAGGAUACAUUGAAGGCGGAAUGCGAGACGUUGAUGAAGAUGCGGAAUUAAUUUGCACCGGUGCAAAUUAAUAUAAAUGUUAAUGAUUUUUUAAUUUAUGAGUUGUUUAUUGAACGUAUUUGUUGUUUUGAGGCGUAGGUGACUCACAGUGUUAUGUCUGUUUAGAUGAAUUUUAUUAAAUAUACCCGAAGUAAAGUACCGUUUAGAACUACGGA